CAACUAGUUGGUGCUCGUCUCUCCGAGAAGGACGUUCCUUGUGUUUUAAGCAGUCUAGCAGCUAUAAUCAAAUCACAAUCAUGGGUCCGAGGAAAUUUUUCGUAGGUGGAAAUUGGAAGAUGAAUGGCGAUAAGAAAAGCCUGGGCGAACUUAUCAAUACAAUGAACAGCGCAAAACUCCAUGCUGAAACCGAGGUGGUGUGUGGUGCCCCUACGAUCUACCUCGACUUUGCCAGGUCCAAGCUGGAUCCCAAGAUUGGAGUUGCUGCACAGAACUGCUAUAAAGUUGCCAAGGGCGCCUUCACCGGAGAGAUCAGCCCUGCGAUGAUCAAGGACUGUGGGGUGCACUGGGUUAUCCUGGGCCACUCUGAGAGGCGCCAUGUUUUUGGGGAAAGCGAUGAGCUCAUUGGCCAGAAGGUGGCUCAUGCUCUGGAGUCUGGUCUGGGUGUGAUUGCCUGCAUCGGGGAGAAGCUGGACGAGAGGGAGGCUGGCAUCACCGAGAAGGUCGUCUUUGCGCAGACCAAGGUCAUCGCAGACAACGUGAAGGACUGGAGCAAAGUUGUCCUCGCUUAUGAGCCUGUCUGGGCCAUUGGUACCGGCAAGACUGCCUCUCCCCAACAGGCCCAGGAGGUUCAUGAGAAGCUCAGGCACUGGAUGAAGGACAAUGUCUCUGAGGCGGUGGCCAACUCUGUCAGAAUCAUCUACGGAGGUUCAGUGACUGGUGCCACUGCCAAGGAGCUCGGCUCCCAGAAAGACGUGGAUGGCUUCCUGGUGGGCGGAGCAUCUCUGAAACCAGAGUUCGUUGACAUCAUCAACGCUCAUGCAUAAAAGGGAAGCAACGUGAGCCUGUGAGGUCAACUGACCCAGUCACAGACCAGUACAGCACUUAGACCCCCCCCCAUCCUUGUCUUUCCAGUGUUUAUGUGAUGUCACUGCUUCUGUUUCCUUUUUUUCCUUUACUGUUUAAAGGGACAGAUUGACACGCGCUGUACUGCAUUUCAGUUCACGUACUGCAAACGCAGCGAGUGCGCGAACCCGUAUGUCACUGUUAAAACAAGCACUGAAUUGAUGAAACGCCCUGGACAAACGGGCAUGUCCGUACCUUGUGUGCACACUUUCAGUUUUCGGGUGGUCAAUCAGAUUGAGUGUCCUUUCAAUACGUAGGUGGCUUUUUGUGUAGUUGAUGUUUUGUUGCUAAACCUUCCCUUUAGAAUUGCAUGUCCUGCUUUCUCAUUGGCUGGUAUGCCACAGGGGAGUGUUCCUCACCAGGUGUCAAUCAUGUCUUGGCCAAUAAUUGUUAGAGGGAAAGUGUGUAGGAUAAAGACCAUUUUAAUAAACUGUAAGAAACUAAA